GUUUUAAACGAAGAAAUUGUACGAGACCUUGCCGGGAAGGUCGGACGUAUCGUGCUGUUACUAACCCCGUCUCUUUUCGACUAUUACCAACGAUGGAUCGAGGCAAUAAAGAAGUUGACAGGUCACGUCCCUAUAUGUGCCAUGGUACCUACAUGGCAAAGGAAAGACAUCGAGGAGGCAAAAGAUAAACUAAAAAAGCUCGGGAUCACUGACAUCUAUGACCUACCUCCCAUUGGUGGCAAUCUCUCAGAUGAGAAACGGUUGCUGAGGCUUGAUCUCCUCCAUGGAUGCCUGAAGAAAGGUGACGAAGGGAUAUCUGCUGACUUAAUACAGCUGUAUUCUUUACCCAGUUUUGAGCGGUUACGGAACCAAUGGAGAAAGGAUGUCACAGAAACACAGAAGAGGCACGGAGAAGACAUAAGAGAAGAAGAAGUAGCAAAGAAGUUACUCCGAGGUAGAAUUACAGACUUAGAGCAGGAACUCAACGAUUCCCGUGCAAGUCGCGCAAGCAUAGUCAGUGAAAAGGGAAGACUACAAGAUACCAUGAAGGUUGAACAAGAAAGGCGUGAACAUAGUGAAAGGGCAAUGAUGGAAAACGAGAAAAGAGCAAAACAGAUAAUGGAGACGUACAAGCAGAGGGAGAUGGAAUUUGAAAAGAAACUACAAUCAAAGGAUCUGCGUAUCGAAACAAUGGCUAAAAAUUUACAGGGGACAGAAGAGAAGGCAAGACGUCAGGUUGAGCGACUAGAGACCGACAACGAAGAAAUUAUGACGAAAUUAGUGUCUAAGCUACAACGGGAAGACACUUUGACAAAAAUGCUAGAGGAGAAAGAGCGGAACGAGUCGACUCUCAGACAGAAGACAGAAAAGAAAAACAGUCAAUAG